UCCUGCUCCACAACCAAAACUACUGCAACCAACAUCUCCUCCGCUUCGUCCUACUCCUUCGUCCCCGCCUCCAGAUACACCGUCGCCUUCACAGCUCCACCAUCUCCUCCCUCACCCAAAAGGCGCCCCAACACAGCCGCCAAAAUGUGGAACAGCGUGACCGAGUGCUGUCUGAAGAUCGCCAACCACUUCUCUCGCAGGAAGAGUGUGUUGUACGUGUACGAAGGCAUAAGCGGCAGUGUGGGUGAGGCCAUGGCUGCCGCGCGCGACCGAGCCACGCGCUACAGUAGUGUGCAGCAGGACACUAUCCUCGGCUACCCUCACCAGGUCUCACUACCUGACGGGGAGGAGAGGCUACCCUCCAUGAAGCACCACCUUACUGGUUCAGAACAGGAGGCAGAAAUAACAAGGGAAUACAUCAAACCACCAGCCAACAAAACGUUAUUUGAUAUGGAGUGUGACGUAUCGCACAGAUCCUGUUCAGAAGGAUCCUUCCCUAUACAGAGUGAGUGGGGCGUGGGAUACGGCGGGUCGCACCACCACUCCCAACACCAGCAGCACCGGUACUCAGCCCCCAUGGAUCCCCGGGCAACGCAACACCCAGCGGUAUCUGUGCCAGGCUGGGGAUGCGGGGACGAGGGCAGGGGGUCGCCGAGGAGGAUGCGGAAACCGGGAGGACUAGGGCAGCGAGGCACACAGCUCCUAGCGAAUAUGGUGGCUCCGUUCACAUCGCCCAAAUACGCACCGCACCAGGAAGGAAGCCGACGAGGAGGCCGGCACCAAGGUAUGGGGACCAGUUCUCCAUCGCCAUCGCAUGACAUUAACAUCUCCAUGCCCUACUGCCCAGCGGCCACCACCUUGGCGGAUAUCACCAUGGUGUCGGUGCCGUGUGGACCAUCAGCUCGCACAGCUCAUAGUCCCAGUCACUCCUCGGUGCCAGGUGGCUCACAAGGAGUCCAUAUGAGUAGUAUGGGCCUCCCACACACCUCUGGACAGUCCUCACAGUCACGCUGCAGUCCAACUGCGGACCAUGACUUUCCGCCCUUAUAUACUGAGGUGAUAGAAAAUCCCACCUUAUAUACAAGUGUUAGUAGACCCUCAGAACCAAGGACAAACAGUGGGAAAAUAUGACCACCAAGUCUUUUACUUAGUCUUUCAAACAUACUUUAUAAUAUCACUUAAGAUGUACUUGUUGUAAUGAAAGUUGUUAUAUCCCCUGGGAUGUGAUAGUGUGACGCGUGAUACAGUGCUGAAGCCAGCAGGUGUCUUGGUGCUCAGUGGUGGUGGGCCGGUGCUCAGGCUCACUCCUGUGCAUUACCAACUGCCAGCGUGCAUGUGCACUCAGGUGUGUGAGGGUGGCCAGGUGCGGCCCUGCCAAAUGUAUGACCAAAUACAUGUCAGCAGGGCAUGAAGUGUGCAUUCGGAUUCACCAGUGGGACCGGUGCAUACACAAGGACCAGAGCAGUUGGGACCAGCCGCUGUAGUGGUGGAUGAAGGAGUCACCAGUGCCUGGGGUCCCAAGGACCAGUGCCAGGGUGGCUGGCAGCAGUGCAGAUCUGCCACACACUGUUUUGUACUGCUAACAGUCACCUGAUGGCUCACACAGUGUAUUGUAGAGUGCUGCAGCAUUUCCAGGGCCAAGUCCCAUAUGUGAUAGGCCUUCUCUCUGUAUCUGAGUGGACAAGUGAUGGAGUGUGGUGCGUGGCGAUGGCUGAGGGAAUGUGGCUGGGUGACCUGUAGCUUAGACACAGGCAGACCAGAGACUCAGGGAACAUUGCAAAACCUUUGUAUUGCUCUUCUCAUUUGAGAAACAAGUGAUGGCAUUGCUAAUGGAAGUAAAUAGUAUGUAAUUGGUUAAAUUUAAGUUCCCUGGGACUGGGCGGGGUGAGACUGGCUAUGGAGGUGUGGCAGAGUGGUGGCGGUGGCAAGAUUGUUGUUACUGCCACUUGUUCCUCACUAUCACGUGCUGUGCUGUCUAGUCUGGAGAGGUGGAUGGCCAUGGCAAGUGACACAUCCUGCCUCCUGAUCUACUACAAGGUUCACACUCACAUAUUCAUGUUAUUACUCCCACUCAGUGACACAUGCACACCUCCUGGCUUGACUAGCCCCUUGUGGAGUAGAGUCCCGUGGGCAACAUUAACUGUUAUUCCACUGCCAGGUAUAUAUUAGGUUUUGUAAGACUUGCCUGUAAUUCAUUGUUCUGCCCUGUUGGCAGGUUAUAUUCCUUCCACCCCAGCUGCAAAGCAGUCAUUGCGAGAAUGUAUCAGAGGUGUAUGGUGCCACAAUAAAUGAGAUUGUGUGAA